UUCUCCUUAAGCACCUAUAGUGAGCCAGAAAGAGGGCUGGGAAUGCUUAAGCAGUGAAUGAGAUGGUUCCAGUCUUUGCCCUCCUGGAGCCUACAGGGUAGUGGAGGAGAUGCACACUACAUAAAUACAUACACAAAUGCUUAUUGAAUAACAGCUACGAUUUGUAUUGUGAAAAAUGUGACGAGGAUGUACAAUGGGUCUUGAUGUGGUCUUGGCACUGGGUGUGUGAGUAAGGGGGAGUCAUUGUAAAGGCUCCCUGAGAAAUUGCUGGGACUCCCAACUGAUGAAUAGGAGUUGUCUGGGUGAUGUGCGGAAGUGUAGAGAGAAAAGGGUCCAGGCAGACAGGCAUUUUGUUCCAAGGCCCUGCACCCACAAAGUGCCUGGCUCACAAAGAGAACCGAGAGAAAGGUCACAUGGUUAACUUACUCCUAGACCCUCCACUCAAAAUACUCAGCUAGGAAAUUAGAAUUGGAAGAGAAAUCCAGGUCCACAGAAACUGCGUUCUCAGUGGCAACUAUUGUCUCUUUCCUUUCAGGUGCUCCUCGCCUGCUUGCAGAUCUCAGACCCCAGCUGGUCUCAGACCUCAGGCCCUGAGGCCAAGCAAACAUACAUCAUCCUGGAGGCUGCAGACAUAGCUCACCGUUCCCACAUGUGAACUUCAGCCAAGACACCACAACAGGGACUCUGCCCACUGAAUCCCCUAUGAUUCCUCAAUCCUGUCCUGGUCAUACCCCACUGGGUUUUGUGAGGCUAUUUAGGAAGAUAAGUUUCCCUUACUGAAGAAAAGAGAGACAACAUGAAAGAAAACAAUGGCCCCAAAGGAGGAAUUUGUGAUUGACAUAAAUGGGAGUGUUCCCUUGGGCUCAUCAUGUAUCAUCAAAGUAGCAAACCCCAGGUCAUUUAUUUCUCCACCUAUUUACCUGCUAUGAAAAGAAGAUGCGUUUAAGUUUCCUGCAGUUUCACACUGGACAUUAAUGCUCUGGGGGCGGGGGGAGAAAAAGCCGUAUGUUCUAGAUGUAGCAGGUUUCUUUUGGAAUUCACUCACUGGGAGUCUGGCACUACCCCCUAAAUGGUACUUUUGUUGUCUUUUUGUUCAAGACAACCAGCUUCUUCCAAGAUCAGAACUGCAUGCCAGCCUCCCUUGAUAACCAGCCUACCAGCUCUCUUGGUAGAUCAGAUGUUUAAUAGUUAGCCUAACUCAUUUGUUUUUUCAAGGAGCAAUUAUACUACAAUGAAUUAAUAUUUUAACUGCAGGGAAAGCAUUACAGCUAGUUCCUACGUAGACUCUAGAGGUUGGGAAUGGCCAACAGGAUUUCCCAUACUAAGAGGAGAGGACAACUCCAUCCUGGCCAGCAGUUCUCUAUGUUUGAAAUACCAUCAUUAGAUACUGCUCCAAAGACCUAAGGGGAGAUGUGCCUAGGAGAAGUGUAUGGUCCUGAUCCUUCCCACUGAGGCUCAAUGGCCCAGCAAAAUAUGAAAGUGAGACCUGUGCUUCUAAAGCGUAACAGUCUAGAAUCAGUAGAGUUUGUGAAACAACCUCACCACCGCAGGAGCAAAUCCCAGCAGGUGAGAUUCAAGGAAGAUGGGACCACUAAGAAUCCAGCUGGCCUAGCUGAGGUUGAUGUCCGAACUCCAGAAGACCUGGCUGUGAUGGGGAAAACUCAAGCAACCAGGCACCAUCAUCCCCCCACCUACUCGCUCUCCUUCCCCAGGUCCCAGAAGGCAGGGGGCUUUCGCAACGUUGCGAUCCAAACUUCCCCCAGUCUCAGGAAGCAUUUCCCAGUUUUCAAAAGGAAGAAACUCACCGCCAGCAAGUCCCUGGUGGAAAUGCCAACAGCAUCCCAAAGUGCCAUCCAGGUCAACGGCAACCUCUCUGAACAGGACAUUGUGUCUUCUGACCUUGCCUACUUAAGGUUGGCUCAGCAUCUUGAGGAUGGGCCUCGAAGGGUCAAGGUGUCCCACACAUUCCUCCCGAGGGUCCCCAAGGUGCAAAGCAAUGGUCCUGUUAGCAUAUGCUUGGAAGCAGGAACUUGGAGGUCCUUAGAGAAAGCCACAGCUGCCAUUCAGGUUCCAGAUGAUAUUUAUCACAGUCCUUCCUGGGAAGCUAGAGAGUCUGCUCUCAGCCCAGACAGGCCAGCUGAAGUAAGUAACUCCAUACACCCUUUGGGUGACACAUGUCCAGGUGAUGGGAGAAGGAUGACUCUACCAGAUUCAGAAAAAUCCACCUCCUGCUUAAAUGCCACCAGCGUUGCCAGCCACACACCAGGCACAGAGAAACUUAAACCUGAAUUGCUUUUGCCCAAAGACAACUCGGAUGACAAAGACUUUGGCCCACUGUCAUCUCAGUCAAAGGAAACGUGUGUUCCUUCACCUCCACGGACUCACAGUUCCCCCUCAUCAGGCUCCCACAGGCAGCCAGCCUACCCAGGAAGAGCCUCAGACUGUCCUUCAUCAAGUAACAAUCACCAGAAUCUGGUGUCACUCAAAAUUAACAGUGCAUCGAAAUCUGCCCCUGGGUGUCAGGGGCAGACGGCAAACAACCCCACUGAGUCAGACACCCUGGAGUUUCCAAAUUGUCCAGGAAGUGAUCACCUCCCAUCCUCUCUUCCAAAGAGUGAGACCAAACUUCAGAGCAACAGGGAGAUUAGUGACAUUAAUCAAAUUCACCUGGCACGGGGUGAACUCUGCGACCUCCAAGGCCGACUGCAAUCCGUGGAAGAAUCUCUGCACUCGAACCAAGAGAAAAUUAAAGUCCUUUUGAAUGUAAUUCAAGACUUGGAGAAAGCUCGAGCUCUCACUGAAGGGCGCAACUUUUAUCGAACUGGCCAAGAUCUCAACAAUUGCAGUACCUGCCAGAACACGGCGUGCAUCAUAUACAGUGUAGAGUAUGAUUUUCGGCAGCAGGAAGGCAGGUUCCAUGAAGUUUUGCAGAGUCUGGAGGAAGCAGAGCCAGUCGAGGAGGCAUCGCCCCCACCAAGUCCCAGCAAAACCCCAGCCCCGGAAAAGCAGGACUUAAGGCAGAAAACCAAGAAGGUGAAAAAGAAAUGCUUCUGGUGGAUCUGAGCUGGUUGGGACCAUUCCCCAGCCUCCCAUCUCCACGUACUUCCCUGAG